AUGAGAGCUAGACAAAUAAUCAGGAAGCUUGAAAGUAAUCAUGUGGAAGGUCUAUCCCAUAAAGAGAUGUUCUUGGCUACAGAGGAUUUAUUACCUGUAACAGACGAUAAGAAAACGUGGGAUGCAUGGAAUUUCGUUGGAUUUUGGGUCGCGGAUUCUUUCAACUUGAAUACUUUCACCAUCGCUGCUUCCAUGAUCAGUGCGGGAUUGAAUUGGUGGCAAGCAUUUUUAUGUGUUAUCAUUGGUUAUUCGCUUGUUGGACCUUUACUCGUCCUUAAUGCUCGACCCGGAGCCAUACAUGGUAUCGUUUUCCCAGCAGUCUGCCGAACCACAUUUGGUCUUUUCGGAUCAUUAUGGCCGGUGUUCAACCGUGCAGGUAUGGCAUGUAUUUGGUGGGGUGUUCAAGCUUGGUUAGGUGGUGAAUGUGUCUACGUUCUACUUCGAGCUAUCUGGCCAAGCUUCGCGCACAUCAAAAAUACUAUGCCCGCAAGCUCAGAGACCACGACCGCUUUCGUAGUGGCUUUCAUUCUAUACUGGCUUUUAUCCCUACCAACAAUUUGGGUGCCCAUCCAUAAAUUGAGAUGGUUAUUCAUGGCAAAGGCAAUCGUCGGUCCAAUCGUCGGAUUCACAUUAUUCGGUUGGUCGAUUCACCGUGCCGGUGGUGUUGGACCUGUUUUCAAUCAACCUGCAACUUUGUCAGGAUCAAAAUUAGGCUGGCAAAUGGUUAUCAGUAUUUCGAGUUGUUUCAACAAUAUGUUCACUUUGAUCACCAACGCACCUGACUUUGCAUCAAGAGCUAAAACACCUUCAGCUGCAGUAUGGCCUCAAAUCAUAGCUAUGCCUAUAGGAUUCUCAAUCACUUCCUUCCUGGGUAUCGUAAUUUGUUCUGCGAGUCAAGUCCAAUUCGGUGCACCUAUUUGGGAUGUCGUCAAGAUCAUGGAUACAAUGCUUGACGAUGCGACUUCCAGCACCAGAGCUGGAUUGGUGUUCAUUGCUGCAGGUUUCAUUUACGUUCAAUUGAUGCUUAACGUCGCUGCCAACUCAGUCUCAGCAGGAUGUGAUCUUACUGCUCUGUUCCCUCGAUUCCUCUCCAUCAGAAGAGGUGGUUAUGUAGCUGCUCUCAUUGGUCUGUGCAUGAACCCUUGGUUACUUUACAAAUCUUCUGCUACAUUCGGCAACUAUCUUGGAGCCUAUGGUGUUUUGUUAUCAUGCAUCGCAGGUCCAAUGAUCGCGGAUUACUGGCUUGUUCGACGUGGACACGUAAGAGUGAACGACCUCUACUCUACAAGUAAAGAUGGUUGGUAUUGGUAUACUGCAGGUAUCAAUUGGAGAGGUUAUGCUGCUUAUAUUUGUGGAUUCGCUGUUAACGCCCCUGGAUUCAUCAAUACACUUAAACCAAACAUCGAAGUUUCAGAUUCACUGAAGAGAAUCUACUACCUCUCUUGGGUAACUGGUACUGGUAUCUCAGCAUUGGUAUAUUACCUUUUAUGUAAAUUAUUCCCUCCACCAGGAAUGAACCGACACUUCGAAGAAAUCGAUGAAUCCUAUGGUGAAGCUAGAGUCGAUGAACUUGCUGCUGCCGCUUCUAAGGAAUCAGGUUCUGCUUCUCCUGGAGUAGGAUCAUAUGAAGAAAAAGAAAAAGAAAGAUUUGGUUACGUUAGAGGUGAUAAUGGUAAUUCAGUAACGGUCCUCGAAGCUUAA